GUGAAAGAGAUCACACGAGAGAUACAGGACAAAAAUAUUUCUGUAGAUGUUCUGAUGUGUUUGUUAAAAGAGAAGAGAAAUUUCCCAGUAGAUGAAUAUAUCAAUGAGUAAAUGAUAAAAUGGGUGGAAUAAAUGCAGAAUCUGGAUCAGAUGGAACUCCUCACUUUCUCUAAGACUAUCAGUUUUCAAGGGAGAAGAAAAUGUCUUCCCCAAACCACACUACAGUGACAGAAUUCAUUCUCUUGGGACUCACAGACGACCCUGUCCUGGAGAAGAUCCUGUUUGGGGUGUUUCUGGUGAUCUACCUGAUCACGCUGGCAGGCAAUCUCUGCAUGAUUAUGCUGAUCAGGACCAAUUCUCACCUCCAAACACCCAUGUACUUCUUCCUUAGCCACCUCUCCUUUGUAGACAUUGGCUAUUCCUCCAACAUCACUCCAAAUAUGCUGCACAACUUCCUCUCCGACCAGAAGACCAUCUCCUAUGCUGGAUGCUUCACACAGUGUCUUCUCUUCAUUGCCCUGGUGAUCACUGAGUUUUAUAUCCUUGCUUCGAUGGCAUUGGAUCGCUAUGUAGCCAUUUGUAGCCCUCUACAUUACAGUACCAGAAUGUCUAAGAACGUUUGUAUCUCUCUAGUCAUGGUGUCUUAUACUUGUGGUUUCCUUAAUGGACUCUCCCAGACACUGCUGACUUUUCACUUGUCCUUCUGUGGCUCCCUUGAAAUCAAUCAUUUCUACUGUGCAGAUCCUCCUCUUAUACUGUUGGCCUGCUCUGACGCUUAUGUCAAAAAGAUGGCGAUGUUUGUAGUCGCUGGCUUGACUCUGUCAAGCUCUCUCUUCAUCAUUGUCCUUUCCUACCUUCUCAUUAUUGCAGCCAUCUUGAGGAUCCGUUCUGCUGAAGGCAGGCACAAGGCCUUUUCUACUUGUGGUUCCCACUUGACAACAGUCACCCUAUUUUAUGGAACCCUCUUCUGCAUGUACUUAAGGACCCCAUCUGAGAAGUCUGUGGAGGAGUCCAAAAUAAUUGCAGUCUUUUAUACUUUCUUGAGCCCAAUGUUGAACCCAUUGAUUUAUAGUCUACGGAACAAGGAUGUGAUUCAUGCUAUGCAGCAAAUCAUUCAGGGAAAUCUCUUUCAUAAAAUUGAAAUUUGGUUAUCUGUUCAUUUGAAAUAA